UAUUGGAUUCUUAACAAGUGGAGCCUUGGACUGAUGACAUCCAUGCCAUUUGGUUAUGCCACAUGAUAUGCUCAAAUAUGUGUUAAGUUGGGGUCUUGGAGUUGUCUGAUUCGCCAUAUCUUAUAUUCUGCAUGACUUCAACAUUGGCGGCUGGGAAACAACAACACUUGGAAGUGUACCAAUCACCGCCAAGUGGAUAUAUUCCUCAUGAACCAGGAUGCGGUUCUGGCUUGUGGGCACAUGAGAGCCUGGAGAUUUGAACACUAGCCUGUUUUCUUCUGUAGGAAAAUGGCAUCCUUGACUUGAUGGAAAGUUGGAGACAGACAUCAAAUUGGCUGUGGAUCAUUCCGAAUGUUGGAUAUCAUGCCAUCAGUCUAUCAAAGCAUCUGUGUAUUUGUUCUGUUCUGUCUGUUGCCAACUUGGGCAGCUGCUAUAAGUAUAGCACCAAAUCCACCAGGCUCAACAUCAUUCAUUGCCUCAUUACAAGCCUUCCAGUGUUCAUUGUCACGAGGUUGCUGUCUGAUUGGUGUGAUUUCAUUUAGCAACUGCCUUGCUUUUGACUAUAGAAGAUGGCUGCUAUUGUUGAAGGUCCCACUCCUAAGUAUGAGUGCUUGCUAUUUGAUUUGGAUGAUACACUGUAUCCUCUUAGUGCUGGCAUCAAUCUUGCUUGCCGCAAAAAUAUUCAAGAUUACAUGCGUGACCAUCUGCGAAUUGAAGAAAGCCAAAUUGCAGAGAUGUGCCUGGAACUUUAUAGGGAAUAUGGCACCACAAUGGCUGGUCUUAAGGCAUUAGGUUACGAGUUUGAAAACGAUGAAUUUCAUUCAAAUGUUCAUGGUAGACUGCCAUAUGACAAUCUGAGGCCUGACUCUGUUUUGAGGACCCUUCUACUUUCCAUUCCACAAAGAAAAAUAAUAUUUACAAACUCGGACAAGGUUCACGCGGAAGAGGUUCUGCGCAGGCUGGGUUUGCAGGACUGCUUUGAGGGUGUGAUAUGCUUCGAGACAUUGAAUCCACCAGCCAUGACGAGCAAUGGCCUAUGCAAGUCCCAGGAGGAUCCUAUGGCGCUCUCUGGUGAACCAUCUUCCGACUUGGACGAUCUCUACGGAUCGGAUGGCAGACCAAAAUCACCCAUCCUGUGCAAACCCACUAUUGAAUCAAUGGAAGCCGCAAUUCAGAUAGCAAAUGUUGAUCCUAAGAAGACAAUCUUCUUUGAUGACAGCACCAGGAAUAUCGCUACCGGAAAGGCUGCAGGCUUCCACACCGUGAUUGUUGGUAGGUCAACACUCGUUCCAGGGGCUGAUCAUGCACUGGAGAGCAUCCACAACAUCAAGGAGGCGUUGCCCGAGAUAUGGGAAGUCCACGACUGGUCAGAAUUUGACGCUGUUCCUGCUUCUGCCGCGGUAGAAACAUCGGUUAUUGCUUGACGUCGUGUUCCCAAUGGAUUGGCUACCAUCGGAGAAUGGAAUGUUGUAUCACAGGUACCAAGCAUGGACCUAUUUAGUAAAAAGUAGCAUUGUAUUCUCGACCUUCAUGCGCUGAUACACCUCAGAAACGCCGCCUCGCCUGUGCAGGGUGAAAAAGGUACUCCCUCCGUCCGGAAAAGCUUGUCUCAAGCUUGUUCCUCAAAUGGAUGUAUCUAGCACUAACUUGGUGCUAGAUACAUCCAUUUGAGGGACAAGCUUUUCGGACGGAGGGAAUACCAAAGUAUCCCGAAAAAGCACAAGAGUAAACAUAUAUUAUCAUAUGGGCAAUAAACUUGAAUGUCAAUAAACACUUUUUUGUUUGUUGCAAAACCCACUUAUUGACUACACUCCUUGUGUACUUGCUUGCAUGUAAUGCUAUCUUGAAACAAAUGCCUCAACGGUUAAAGGGAACAUGGGAGUCAUAGUGGCCAUCUUCUCUCCGUCAAGAAAAGUAAGGGGAAAUUUAUAUCUGGUAAAUCAACACUUCGAUGACAAUACAUCAAGACCAUCCUACAUAUUUGCUAACAGUUUGCUAAAUAUGAAAGACACUAAGGAAACUAGAUAUAGUUUCAAAACAAAUAGCAUGAGACAUGACCAAAUGCAGAGCUAACAAAUAGUUGCAUCUCCCGUACGGAAAGCAUUCUGUGGGAUAUUCUAGCUAGAUUCCAGCACGUUAAGCAAGAGAUGAGAAAGAGUAUACAGCUUGCAUCCUCUCCACAGAUGAUAUUACAUUCUUGCCGCGCCAAGGAGAAUUUCUUGCCUGGAAGAAACAAAGCCCGCAUGAUUUUGAUCAUGCCCGAUAACCACUCCGACACGGCCACCUGCAUCUAGGAGGUACGCCAAACCAGUUCACCAUUACUGGGAUAAAUAAAGCAAUCAACCGAAGGAUACGCCAAACAUAUAUUGCUGAUAUUCGUGACGUAACCUCCAAUGUCACUUUAUUUAGUGUCGUACGCCAAUUUGAUGGUCAUUCUUUCAAGUACUGGCGCCCAUCUGAAUAUCAUUGUGAUGAAAUCAAUCUCAGUACUGUCCCCUCUGAAGUUGUCGAUUUCUACUUCUUCAAGGAGAGUCAAGGAGAUACUUUGGCUCCUCCAGUUCUUGGGCUCAUGACAAUCACAAUUUUCAUGACAUUGUGAUGCUUGUGACAUCUAGAACAUGAAAACCGUUAGAAUGUGUGUAUUUUGAACUAGUAUGUGUAAGCAUCAUGUUGAAUUACCUCCGACCACCUUGAUAGGUUAACCUUAAGCCUCUGCAUAGCUGUUUCAAUGUGAUGCAUCCCAAGGAGACACAACAUCAAUGGUCCAAAAGCAUGCCCUGUUGUGCUGAGAUUUACCUCCAAUGUAGAAAAGUUGGUAAUCGGAAGUUUCUUCAUCUCAUGCGCCAAGUUAAGCGGCACUACAUA